AUGGAGAGUGUCAGCCUCCAGCGACCCGCCUGGAAAUGGCAAGUACUGAGUUUGUUUUUGCUCUGCGGCUGGGGCUGGGUCUCCGGGCAGAUCCACUACUCGGUGGUUGAGGAGUCAGAGUUGGGAACCGUGGUGGGGAACGUGGCCCGGGACCUGGGCUUGAAGGUGGAGGAGCUGCCGGGUCGCAGGCUGCGCCUGGGCUCAGAGGAGAGCUUGCGCUACUUCGCCGUGCGCCUGGACAGCGGCACGCUGGUGGUGAGCCAGCGGCUGGACCGCGAGCGUCUGUGCGGAGCAGCUGCCAGCUGCGUGCUGUCGGUGCAGGUGGUGACAGAGAACCCCCUGCAGCUCUUCCGCCUGGAAGUGGAGAUCCUGGAUCUGAAUGACAACUCUCCGAGCUUCCCCACCGCUCACCGCACCCUGCGCAUCGCCGAGUCUGCCACGGUGGCCGCGCGCUUCCCCCUGGAGAGCGCGCAGGACCCCGAUGUGGGCACUAAUGCUGUGAGCUCCUACUGGCUGAGCCCGAACUCCCACUUCUCCCUGGACGUCAAGCAGCAGCCGGACGGCAAACUCUUCCCGGAGCUGGUGCUGGAGCGUGCCCUGGACCGGGAAGAGCAGCCAGAAGUGCAGCUGGUGCUGACGGCUGUGGACGGGGGAAGCCCAGCACGCUCGGGCACGGCACAGAUCACGGUCCAGGUCCUGGAUGUCAAUGACAAUGCACCCGUCUUUGACCACACCACGUACAAGGUGAAAGUCCCGGAAAACACACCUGUGGGGGCUGUGCUCCUCCGGGUCAAUGCGUCCGACCCCGACGAGGGUCCCAACGGGGAGACACAGUAUUCCUUCGGGGUUCACACCUCCGACUCAGUGCGGAGGCUCUUUGCCCUGGAUCCCCGCUCCGGCGAGGUCCGGGUGAGUGGGGCCCUGGACUUUGAGGAAUCGCGUUUCUAUGAGAUCUACGUGCGAGCCCACGACGGAGGGGUCCCAGAGAUGGAGGGCAAUUGUGUGCUGCAGGUGCAAGUGGAGGAUGCCAAUGACAACCCCCCAGAGGUGCUGCUCACAUCCCUGUUGAAUCCGGUGCCAGAAGACACCCCACCAGAGACUGUCGUGGGGCUCUUCAACGUACGGGACCGAGACUCGGGGGCCAAUGGGGAUGUGAGCCUGGAGAUCUCCCCCGAUGUGCCUUUUGCCAUCAGGUCCCUUCAGAACCACUUCUCCCUGGUCACCCAGAAGAGCCUGGACCGAGAGUCUACCUCACAGUAUGCAGUGGAGCUGAUCGCCCAGGAUGGUGGUUCUCCUGCCCUCACCACCACACUCACGCUGCUCCUCAAUAUAUCUGAUGUGAAUGACAACCCCCCACGCUUCUCGCAGCCCUCCUACGAAGCCUUUCUCCAGGAGAACAACCCGCCUGGCUCCCUGCUGUGCACCGUCUCUGCCUCAGAUCCUGACGCCGGGGAUAAUUCCCGGCUUGUUUACUCCAUAGAGAGUGGUCAAGUGCAGGAUGCCCCCAUCUCUUCCUUUGUCCACAUCAACCCUGACAAUGGUAAUCUCUAUGCCCAGCGCACCUUCGACUUCGAGGUGCUGCAGGUUCUGCCGGUGUCUGUGGUGGUGAGGGACUCGGGGUCCCCUCCUCUGUAUGCCAAUAUUACCGUCUACAUCUUUGUGCUGGACCAGAACGAUCAUCCCCCCACCAUCCUGUACCCUGCCAGUGACAGCGAUGUGCCGGCACCCCAGAGGGUCCCGCUGUCUGCCCCACCGGGCUACCUGGUGGCCAAGGUGACAGCAGUGGAUGCAGAUGCUGGCCACAAUGCCUGGCUCUCGUACCGACUGUUGCCGCAGUCCACCGACCCCUCCUUGUUCCACGUGUCGCUGUACACCGGGGAGGUGCGGACGGCGCGUGCCUUCCAGGACAGCGACAUGGCAGUGCAGCAGCUCGUUGUCCAGGUGAUGGACAACGGUGACCCUCCGCUCUCCACCACUGCCACCAUCACUGUGGCCCUGGAGGAGGCAGCCCUGGAGGAGAGCUUCAAGCCUCAGGAUUUCCUGGCUGGUGCCAAGGAGAAGCCGGACCUGACCUUCUACCUGAUCAUCGCGCUGGCAGCCAUUAGCACGGUGGCACUGGCCACUCUCUCCGCGCCGCUCCGUUCGCACACCCGGCACGGGAUGCUCUCGGGACAGAGUUUGCCAUGGCAGCUCCCGCUGCUGCUCGCAGCCCUCUCCUGCCUGCCGGCUCCCAGCUACGCCCAACUCCACUACUCCGUGCCCGAGGAUCGCGAGCCGGGCUUCUCUGUGGGAGACCUGGCCAAGGACUUGGGGGUGGAGGUGCGGAGCCUGGCCGCCCGCAACCUGCGCCUGGUGAGCGAGGGUGGGCAGCGGCACUUCAAGGUGGACCUGGCGGCAGGUGUGCUGCUCCUGGACGGCAGGCUGGACCGGGAGGCGCUGUGUGGGCAGAGCCCCACGUGCUCUCUGCACCUCCAACUCGUCAUGGAGAAUCCCCUCCAGCUCCACCGUGUUGAGGUGGACGUCCUCGAUGUGAACGACAACGCGCCCCAGUUCCCCAAGCCUGAGGUGGUGUUGGAGAUCACUGAGGUAGCCAACCCUGGGACUCGGCUGCCCUUAGAGGUAGCAGAAGACCCAGAUAUGGGCUCCAACUCCAUCUCCACCUAUGAGCUCAGCCCCAGCAAGCAUUUUGCCCUGAGCAUCAACGUGAGAGGAGAUGGUGUUAAAAUGCCCGAGAUCGUACUUGAAAAAGCACUGGAUAGAGAGAAAGUGCCUGUUCAUCAUCUAACACUGACAGCUCUGGAUGGAGGGAAUCCCGUGAAAUCUGGCACUGCCAGGGUUACUAUCCAUGUCUUGGAUGCAAAUGACAACCCUCCUGUCUGUGACCCACCCAUAUCCAAGGUACUUCUGGAGGAGAAUGUGCCAGUGGGCACUCUGGUCACCAAGCUGAAUGUCACCGACCUGGAUGAAGGUCCCAACGGGGACGUGGAAUAUUCUUUCAAAACCAGCAACAAUGCACCCGGUAAAUUCACCAAACUGUUCUCCUUAGAUGCCCGUACAGGGGAGAUCAGAACCAAAGCCCCGCUGGAUUAUGAGGAAUCCGGUGCUUACGAGAUUGCAGUUCGAGCCAGGGACAAGGGAUCACCAGCCAUGGAAGGCCACUGUCACCUGCGAGUGGAAUUAAUUGAUAUCAACGAUAACAGCCCAGAGAUUGUGCUGACCUCUGUCUCCAGCCCAGUGCAGGAGGACGCAGCCCCGGGCACGGUGAUCGCCCUCAUUGGUGUGAAGGACAGCGAUUCCGGUGACAACGGGCAGGUCCGUCUGCAGAUAGCAAAAGAGCUCCCGUUUAAACUCGUGUCUUCUUUUAAAGAGCAUUUCUCUCUGGUCACCAGCGGGCCCCUUGAUCGGGAAAAGGCCAGUGGAUACAACAUCACAGUGAGGGCUGUGGAUUCAGGGUCCCCCCAAAGGGCCACACAAAAAACCUUUUAUCUCCGCAUUGCUGACGUGAAUGAUAACGCACCGAAUUUCUCCAGCCCUUUUGAUACAGCUCACAUUCAGGAAAACUCCCUCCCUGGAACUUCUGUCUUUUCAGUGUCGGCAUCAGAUCCUGACGAGGGUAGCAAUGCCAAGCUGUCUUACUCCAUCCUGGACAACGGGAUGCAGGAUGUGCCUAUCUCAACCUACUUCCGAAUAGAUCAGGACAAUGGCACCAUCUACACCGUGCGAGCUCUGGAUUACGAGCAGGACAAGGUGUUCCAGGUGCCUGUGGAGGUGAAGGAUGCUGGGUCUCCUGCUCUGAGUAGCACUGCUGUGGUCCAUGUGUUUGUCCUGGACGAGAAUGACAAUGCUCCCAGCAUUGUCUACCCGUCUGUCCCCAAGGGCUCUGCCUUCCACCAAGCCAUCCCGGCCUUGGCAGAGCCUGGCUACCUGGUAACUAAAAUUGUAGCAGUUGAUGCUGACAGUGGCCAUAAUGCCUGGCUGUCCUACCAGCUGCAGGAGUCUGCUGAGGCUUUGCCUUUCCAAGUGGAACGCCGCACUGGAGAGAUAAGGGUUGCGCAGGCUCUCAGGGAGUCAGAAGAUUCCCACAGGCUGGUGGUCGAAGUGAGGGACAACGGCACGCCGUCCCUCUCGGCCUCCGUGGUAAUAGUCAUUUCUCCGGAGGAAAACAGCGUGCAGGACUUCUCCAAGUCCUUGGACCUCCCCGAGUCUUCUCCCGAGGAUACCAACCUAACGCUUUACCUCAUCAUCUCCUUGGUGUCCAUCUCCCUUGUGUCCUGUGUGAUGUUCGGGCUGGCGGCUGCCCGGUGUCUCAAAGCUGGCAAUGCCAGCUGGACCUUGGCGGGUUGCUGCCGAGGGACUGGCCGCAAGCCCGCCUCCCAUUUCCGAGGGCAGAUGAAGCCAGAUGGCUUCAUCAAGUACCUGGACGUGGGAGGAGCGGGCUUGACCUCCCAGGCACAGAAUUACACCUCUUGUUUCUCGCCCAUGUCUGACCAGAGCGAUUUCCUCUUUGUAAAGCCCUUCAGCCAUUCUAGCACUGCGGAGACCGUGGCUGCCUAUGAGCAGGUGACCAGCACCUUAGCGAGUCCCUGCGAUGGGCAAGCUCAGCCUAACACAGAUUGGCGCUUCUCCCAGACCCAGAGACCUGGAACAAGUGGCUCCCAGAAUGGAGAGGAAGCUGGAGCCUGGCCCAACAACCAGUUUGACACGGAGAUGCUCCAAGCCAUGAUCCUGGCUUCAGCCAAUGAAGCUGCUGACGGUAACUCCACCCUGGGAGGCGGCAAUGGCACGAUGGGGCUGAGCGCUCGCUACGGCCCCCAGUUCACCCUGCAGCACGUCCCCGAUUACCGGCAGAACGUCUACAUCCCGGGCAGCAACGCCACCCUCACCAACGCCGCCGGCAAGCGCGACGCCAAGAACGCCGCUCCCGCCGGAGGCAACAAGAAAAAAUCCGGGAAGAAGGAGAAGAAGUAGUGAAGAAGAAAAAAGGAGACCUUAGAGCUACAGGGCAGCCGGCUCCAGCACUCCCCCAAAACCACAGCCCAGGCCGGAGGACGAAUGUGAAUUUUUUUUGUGGUGCAAAAAUAGGAAAUGCUGCGAAUGUAUCUCGUCAUCAUCAGAGCCGAGAGCAGGGGCUCGCUGCUCUCGGGUCUCAUGAUGAAAACCGAUCCAGAAUCUAAACCGAACGCAAACAAGUGCCCUGUGAAUAACAUUUUAUACAAUCCCUCGGGUAUUAGGAUAUGCAAGGGAGGAAGGUCUUUUGCCAUGUCUUUGGAUCCGAUUUUCUCCCAGGUAGUCCGAGAAAGGCACAAGGCUUGUGCUCGGCUUUGCCCAGUGUAAAUAAUUUUAAUGUGGAUCUUUUAAUUUAUAGCCCUUCAGCUAUUUUUUGGAAAGGAAAAGGAAGUUCUUAGCUCAGAGCCCACGCUCCAGUUCUUUGCUCUUAAAUUUUCCAUUCGUAAAAUUCACCCCCAGUCAAAGAUAGCGAUGGAUUUUGGAAUUUGGAAGUUGGUAGGGAGUGCUUCAGUUCCUGCUUACCUGUCAUCUGGGGAAAAAAAAAAGUGUUUAUAUUGCAUGAUUCAAGGGGAAUACGGCAAAGCUGCAUCCUAAACAUUUUUUUUUGUUUUGUUUUUCUUUUUGUUUUUUUUUUAAAGUGUAACCACUAAUGGCCUGAAAUUUGAUAAGGAAAAA